CAAACGAGCUCUAAGGUACUCCUUUGACAAACUUGCUUGCUCACCCUACAUUUGAAUCCCUAGCUCUGGUUGUGACGGAGACGCAUCGUACAAAGAAGUGCAGGUGAGAUCAUUCUUGUCAUCAGGAGAUUUGAAAAGGUGUAGAAGAGAAGCAGAGGCGAUUUCUAAAGCGUGAAAGGGCCCGAGCUUCAUUUCAAUCCUGUAAAAGUUUGACGGAAAAAGCUGAGGAUCUUCUGCUGCAUUAAUCAUGGGAUUGGAUGGGAAAUAUUCAAAGUUAGAUGAGAAAACUUGCCUACAAAAAGCUUUAAGCUUGCAUGCUUAUGCUGAUUUAUCUAAUGUUUCUCCCGUCGUCUUUGUCUACCUAUUAAAAGAAUGCUAUUCUAAUGGUGCAUGCAAGGCAACAAAGAAGUUCCGUGUUCUUCAACAUCAAGUCCAUCAAAGUCUGUAUAAUGCACCUCAACCUGGACCAGCAGUUUUUGUUAUUCACUGCCUCCGCAUCUUGCCUAUCUUAGGAAUAUAUUCCGAAGGCUUUAGUCACUUACUUCUAUCUUCCUUCUGCCGUUUUAUCAAAUGUGAUGGAACUCCUCAUGACCUAGUUGAGGCAAAGCUUUUUGCUGCUCGCAUGUUUAUUGAUAUUGUUGGUGGAAGCAUAAUGCACGAGGAAAGGAUUCUGAUAAAACUACUUGAGGCAUUUGAUAUCCAACUGAUAGACAUUGAAAAUGUCAUGGGAAAGGAGGACGUGAUUCAUAUUGGUAAUACUGAUGCUGCACGCACUCUUGUUGAAGAUUAUAUUUUCAGUUUAGUUGAAGCACAGUCAUUCAUGACAGCUGUAACUUUAUUAGAGCGCUUCUCUAUAGACCUAUCUGGGGAAUCUUUUUUGCUCAAAAUGAUGAAUAAUAAUGAUUAUAGAGCUGCAGAAAAGUGGGCUACACAUAGAGGGAAACAUAUGUUAUGUGUACUAGUCGAGGAAUAUGUCAAGAGGAAUCUGUGUAAGCAUGCUUACGAGACAAUUAAGAAAAACAACCUAAAACAGGAUUUUCCAGGAGUAUAUCAUCAGGGUAAAGAGAGCUCACUGAAGAAUCUUGCUGAAAAAGGAUGUUGGGAUGUUGCUGAGGCAAAGGCAAAAGGUGACAAACAACUUAUUCAGUAUAUGGUUUACCUGGCAAUGGAAGCUGGAUACACAGAGAAGGUUGAUGAACUUUGUGAUCGCUACUCUAUCCAAGGUUUUGUGAGCUCGAUAGACUCCGAUGCAAGCCUUCUGCGCAUGAACUAUUUACAGUUCAAUGAAUUGGUUUCAGAUGAUAUCAUUUGGGUUGACAAAGCCAAUGGUUUACUCGAUGCAACUUGUCGUAUUGAGGGAUGCAAUGUUGUAGGAAUUGAUUGUGAGUGGAAGCCUAAUUACAUAAAGGGAGGUACUCCUAACAAGGUUUCAAUCAUGCAAUUAGCUACUGAAAAGGAAGUUUUCAUAUUUGAUUUAAUAAAACUGGCUGAAGAUGUACCUGAUACUCUAGAUCACUGCCUAACUCGUAUUUUCCAGUCUCCUAGAAUUCUAAAACUAGGAUACAAUUUUCAAUGUGACAUGAAGCAGUUGUCUCGUUCGUAUGGAGGGUUUGGAUGUUUCAAGCACUAUGAUAUGCUGCUAGAUAUCCAAAAUGUAUUUAAAGAACCCAGUGGUGGUUUGUCUGGGCUUGCGCAGAAAAUAUUGGGAGCUGGUUUGAACAAGACAAGAAGGAACAGCAACUGGGAGCAGCGUCCUUUGCAUCAGAAUCAAUUAGAAUAUGCUGCCAUGGAUGCGGUUGUGCUCAUUCACAUAUUCUACCAUGUUCGGAAUCACUCCACUGUUGUCUGUCAAGGGAAUUCCAAAGUUGAAUGGAAAUCACACAUUAUUUCCAGCAUUGAUAAUAACCUAAAGAAAACCAGAUGAACGUCAUGUCUGGAGCUGAGGAGGAAGAUCCAGGUUAACUUGUCUUUAUUUUUGUGAAUACUCUCCAACUAUAGGCAUAGACUCAGAAGUCAAAACUGUUCAUACUUCAUACUCCUCUUUUGGUAACAAAAAUCAUAUUCUCUAUUUUAUUUUAUUUUAAAGAAACAAAAUUGCUUCAUACAA